AUGUAUAUCUCUUCAUGUUUGACCUUCCUGUCCCUCUCCAUCCUCAGUCUCUCCGUCCCCCUCGCUCUCCGCAACACCCCUCUUAACACAUUCCUAACCCUCCUUCUCGACCACCUCCCCGACAUCAACGAGGGCAUCAACGAUGCAAGCAGCGUGAUAACCGCCCUAGAUAGCCUUCUCGCCGGCCUAAUCCAUGCCAAAACUACCGAGAACGAACUUGGCUCCGGUUCAUGCGCCGAAUACACCCUCAUCUUUGCGCGCGGGACGUCUGAACCGGGGAAUAUGGGUGUUCUGGUGGGACCGCCGCUUGUCUGGGCGUUGCAGGAUAUCGUCGGUACAAGUGGAUUGACAAUCCAGGGUGUUAAUGAUUAUUCGGCCUCUGUGGCUGGAUAUCUCGCGGGUGGUGAUGCGGAUGGAAGUUCUAAUAUGGCCUCUCUAAUCUCGCAAGCAUACUCAUCUUGCCCGUCGACUAAGCUCAUUGCUGCGGGAUAUUCUCAAGGCUGCCAAGUCACGCACAACGCCAUCUCGCAACUCGACUCUACUACCGCUUCUUGGAUUAGCAAGGUUCUGCUCUUCGGUGAUCCAGACAACGGUACGGCAAUCCCGAACGUGGACUCAUCCAAAGUGCACACCGUCUGUCAUACCGGCGAUAACAUAUGUGUGAACGGUGAUUUUAUUCUAGUGCCGCAUUUGACAUAUGCCGAAGAUGUAGCUACGGCGGCGUCGUUUGCAACUUCUUAG